GAGACGCACACCAUCCAUGGCCCCUCGGGACUGGAGGGACUCGUGAGCCGGAGCCCAGAUAUCCGGGGGUGGAUAAAAGACACCGCGUCCCCUCCAAUUCCCGUAAGCACCCUCUGCCCCAUCCUGCUCCCAAAUACCUCAGCUAGCCCCUCUCCCCACUCUUCACACUCCAAACUCAGCCGGGACAGACUUGUGCCACUGCCGCUCCUCUCCUGCCACCUCCCUGCCCAGUGUGGAUCCCCUCCUAGCUUGUUCACCCCGGCAGGGUGAGCCUAGAGGUGACUCCUGGUCCCAGCUUCCUCACUGGUCAUCGCCCCCAGCCAGCCAGGAUAGCAAGCUCACAGCUGAAGGCGGUCUCCAGGCCUGCAGAAGCUGGGCUCCUGUCCCCCUUUUCUCUGAGGCACAGUUUUGGUGACCACAGAAGGAUUUGACUACUUAGGACAGAGCUGCCAGAGAUGAAAAGAAUGCAACUGUGCCUUUUGCUAUGAGAAAUGAGAAGUUCUGAGCAUGAUAAAAAAUCAGUGGAAUAUUCCACCAAAUUUUUUAAAAAAGAAGAAAAAGAAACAAAAGCAAAAUAAGGAGCCCCUUUUCUGUGGGAUGACAGUUGGUCUCUGGGUGGAUGCCGGAGACCCUUGUUUCUCCACGUACACAGAACGUGUCUGUCCGUGUUUGCUUUUACAGUGGAAGUGGCAUCCCCUGACCUUUCUCUUCAGACUCAUCUGGCCCCAGCGCAGACAUGUGAUACCAGCCAGGAUUUUGGAAGGCUGGAACUCCCUCCAGAUAGGGCCUGGGGACAGCCCUCUCACCCUCCGAAGCAUGCCACUCCCUCAUCCUCUGUGUUUCCCUCCCCUUCUCUCCCAUCUCCCUGAACUGUGUCGCCUCUCCCAACCCUUUCCCUCUCUUUGCCCAUUGCCCAAUUCAGCUUCUGCCACUUGUCCGAACUCCUAGAUUUAACGUUCUUAGGGAAAGGCUGAGACCCGCAUUCAUCCCUACUGAAAGGGUUUAGUGAAGGUGUGCUCAGAGAGUGGGAGGGAUAGAGUACCUGAAGAUGGAGAGUGAUAAAGCCCCUCCCUCCCACCUGUGCCCUGCCCCUGGGAUGUCCCAGUCUCUGUCUUGGGGACAAUAGCUUCUUCAGUCUGUGGUGGGAUGGUCUGGGGAAAGUGUCACCUUGACAAAGUCAGAGGGGUUUCCAGUGUCACCCACUGUCACCACCAGAGGGCAGCAGCUAGCCAGACCUUUGCUCCUUCCCAGUCUGGUCUCCUGGCUCUUAAUCUUUCCAGAUGGGUCUUCUGUGCCUCCAGUCUCUCAUUUAACUUGAGGGUGGGGGAGUUGGGUGGGGCAUGGGGAAGCACUGGGGGCUGUAGGUAGCUUCCUUUGUAACUGGGCUGGUGAAGCCCCCACAAAGCCAAGCCCUGUCUCCAAAGCCAGGCAGCAAAGUCCAGCAGAAAUUUCAACCUAACUCCUAGCUGACUGCCAGCCACUGAAAGCACCAGGAAGCCAGUCCCAGAUCAUCCGUGUGCCCAGUGGUCCCAGCACCCCAGCUGUGACACAGUGAGCCUGGUCAUCAGCCCCUUCCCUUUUGAGGGCAGAGGGCAGGCAAGGCUGUGAGCAAAUGUUCAUGAACCAGGCUCUGCUCCAUGGAAGCAGUCUGGCCUAGGGCAAGUUAUGUAACCACUCUGAGCCCUUCUCAGGUGCUGAAUUCAUGGGACUGUGAUGAGCAGUGAGAGUAUGAGGGAAGGGGAUUUGUCAACUAUGACAUACUAUAUGCAAGAAAAGAGCAGUUGAUCAUAGAGGAAAAAAAUCAAUGGUCUCAAGACUCUGAGAUCUGGUUUUGAGAUCUCUCUGCCACUUCUAGUGGGUGACCUUUGAGCAAGUCAGCUAACCUCUCUAGGGCUGCAAUAUCAUCAUCUGUAAUCUCCAGCAUUGUACAGGAUUGUUAAGAGGAAGCCUAGCAAGGGCUCUGUGGUCUAUGCCCAUCUGAGGGGUUGUUUUUACUAAGCCCCUGGGAGAGGUUCCUGGGGCUCAGCAGAGUGGAUUGAACCAGGUGGGCAUUAGUGGUGGAAACAAAGCCAGCUGGCUGGGCACCCUCAGACAGACCUUGUGUGGUUUUAUCAGGAGCUCUGGACAACAGUUGGAGGCCAAAAGAGUCCCUACAGGUGGUGCCCAGGGUGAUGUACCAACAAUGAGUGGGUGUUUUCCAGUUGCUGGCCUCCGAUGCCUGUCUAGGGUCUCGGAUGUGCCAGCGCCUCUGGCAGGGGCCCGCUAACCCGCCUCUCCCCGGCCGGCUCCCGCCGCGCCUCCUCUCGCUUGCUCCCUCCUCCUCCUGCUCUUCUCCCCCCUGCUCCCAGGACGGCGGGAUGGCUGCGCAGGGCGCGCCGCGCUUUCUCCUGACCUUCGACUUUGACGAGACUAUCGUGGACGAAAACAGCGACGACUCGAUCGUGCGUGCGGCGCCGGGCCAGCGGCUGCCCGAGAGCCUGCGCGCCACCUACCGCGAAGGCUUUUAUAACGAGUACAUGCAGCGCGUCUUCCAGUACCUGGGCGAGCAGGGCGUGCGGCCGCGGGACCUGCGCGCAAUCUAUGAGGCUAUCCCACUGUCGCCUGGCAUGGGCGACCUGCUGCAGUUUGUGGCUAAGCAGGGUGACUGUUUCGAGGUCAUUCUCAUCUCGGAUGCCAACACCUUUGGCGUGGAGAGCGCGCUGCGCGCUGCUGGCCACCAGGGCCUGUUUCGCCGCAUCCUCAGCAACCCGUCGGGGCCUGACGCGCGUGGGCUGCUGGCGCUGCGGCCCUUCCAUACGCACAGCUGCGCACGCUGCCCUGCCAACAUGUGUAAGCACAAGGCGCUCAGCGACUACCUGCGUGAGCGGGCCCAUGAGGGCGUGCACUUCGAGCGCCUUUUCUAUGUGGGCGACGGUGCCAACGACUUCUGCCCCAUGGGUCUGCUGGCGGGCGGCGACGUGGCCUUCCCGCGCCGCGGCUAUCCCAUGCACCGCCUUGUACAGGAGGCGCAGAAGUCCGAGCCCAGCUCCUUCCACGCCAGCGUGGUGCCCUGGGAAACCGCCACCGAAGUGCGCCUGCAUCUCCAACAGGUGCUGAAGACGUGCUGAGAACGGCUUCCUGCAGAGGGCGCCAGGGAGCCCGAGUGGAGAAGGGGCGAGGGCUGCGGCGGGAGGGGCAAGAGGUGGAGGUAGAUAGGAAAGACAAACCUAGUUUUAUUACUCCUUUCCCUUUAACUCUGGUAUGUCCCUCCGGGACUUUCUAGAGUUUAGGGCUCGUCCACUGGAGGUUGGGGGAGGGAGUCCUUAUCUAUGCAGUUAACCCAGCUCUGCUGCCUCCUCACAUUCCCCUGCAGUUAAAUUCUGAGUCCGGCCCCACUAAUGUGGUGUGCAUACCUGGGAAGGUAGCAGUGUUUCCAGAAACCUUGUCCUCUGAACUGGGAGGAAGGGGUUCCCUGGCAGGGGAGGAAAGGAAGAUCUCCCACUGCUUUAACUGCUGCCUUGGGCCACGUAACCUCCCUGCCCCAGUCUUCUAUCAAGGGGAUUCAGGUCUUGAAGUCCUCCCCACGUGCGCCGUCUCUCUGCAGGGAGAGAUGAUGCUCUCCACCGACAGCCCCGAACAUAGUCCUACAGCAAACUACACCCUAGUCCUACAGCAAGGUACACCCUACACCCCUUUUCUUGCCUGUCUUUCCCCACCCACUUCGCCAGCAACCCCAGAGGAAAAAAAGCCAGAGGGAGCAGUUGCCUCCUGGUGGUGUAGUGAGGUAGCAACGGUCCUGCUCGGGAACCAGACAGGGACCUCGCAGCAUGCGAUGGUGUCUACUCUCACCCCAUCUCGUCUAUGCAGCAAAAGAUCAGGGACUUAACCAAAGUCGCCCCGCGGUCUGGGCCCUCUGCACUCCCUCCCUCACGUCUGGAACAGAAAGCCAUGAUGUCGAAGCCUCCCCCUUGGUGUUUCAGAGCUUAUAAAGGAGGUGAAGGGGGAA